CGUCUUUCUAGCUAGAUGGCGCCAGCAGUCAUUUUAGUCGCCACUGCAGAGAAGAAGCAGAAGAAGAAGCGCCGCUAUAGCAGGAGACCUGCCUCUUUGUCCCGCCUUCUUCGCUGUAAUUGGCUCGCUCGUCUCCGGCGCUCUCCGUCUGUCCAAUCAGACAAGAGGGAAAGGAAAACACGGUGUUGUGCGCUCGCGCGUGUUUGUGAGAUGGACGCGCUGGAGAUGGUGUUAGACGAGGUGGCUUUAGAGGGACUGGACGGUAUAACCGUGAGCUGUCUGUGGUUCAGACUGCAGAACAGACAGCCGUGUUUCCCCCUGACGUUAGACGCCAUGACACAGCAGUAUGUGUGGACAUUUCUGGUGUCCUGUCACCAUGAAGUGUCCUUUUACCUGCUGCCUCAGGACAGACCUGCCGUCACCUUAUAUGACCGGUUUCUGGAGAUCGACCCAGAGACAGGGAUCCAGGAGCUGAGGGGUAUUCCUCAGCUGAACGAGGAUGUUUACCCCGCCAGCGUGGUGCUGGACGACCCGGGAGGCAUUCAGGGGUCGUGUUUCUAUUACAAAGAGAGGAAGGACAUAAACGACCUCAUCAGGACAGAGACACACACACCUCGACUCACACUGCAGGAGGCACAUUCGCAGUGGGGGGAGAAGCUGGUGAUUGUGGCGAGUCAGCAAGUCAGAUAUCGUACUCUGAUCGGCUGCCAAGGAAAUCCGGAGCUGAAGCUGAGUGACUUGUCGUACUGUAUCUUAGAGAGGCUGGGACGAGCUCGCUGGCAGGGAGAGUUACAAAGAGACUUACAAACCAUAGCAUGCAGGCUUGACGCAGGGAAGAUUCAUUACCUUCGUAAAUGUCUGGAUAAGAACGGUCUGGUCACCAUGCAGUCACAUGUUGUUCGCCUGCCCUCAGGAGCUCAAAAACACUCCAUCCUGCUGUUGCUCAAGCGCUUCCAUGUUGACAGGAGGAGUAAGUACGACAUCCUGAUGGAGUCGACAUCCAACAUUCUGUCUGAGCUCCCCAACAACAUGGGCAUCAUCCUUAAACUGAGGGACCAGCUGCACAUCUGUGAGCGGACAUUUAAGAAGAUGUAUCAGUACAUGCAGGCUGCUAAGAUGGUGAGUGUGUUAUCGGUUCCUCUACAGGAGUUAAACCCAGACGCUGGACCCUGUAAGACCAAGAGAGGUACAGACAUUUACGUUCGAUGUCUAAAACUUUUGAAGCCGUACAGAAAAAAUCCAGUAGACGAUGAUGAAGAUGAUGAUGAGAAUAACGACGACGAUGGGGACGUCCCUGUUAAGAGGAAUGUUCAGGCCCAGGCUCGGGAUAUUGAGCGAGACCUACUGGCACAGGCUUAUGAGAUCGUGGUGACUACAGGACCAAAAGGUAUUUCCAAUACCCUGUUAAGGGGACAGCUGAACAUCGGCAAACUGGAGAGCCGCAUGAUCUGUAGAGUUCUGGAGAGGAACAACAUGAUUAAGGGUUUUAUGGAGGAUGAGGGGAGACAGCGUACGACAAAGUACAUUAGUAAACUUUUUGUAGAGGAAAGCAAACUCAAUCUGAACUUCACUAAAGAGAGAGAACGCAGUGAGAAACUUCGAGCACCACAGGAGGACACGCCCACUCCCAGACUGGAUACUGAGGCGGACCCCCAGGAAGAGGAAGAGGUUCCUACCAAAGGGCAAAGGUCAAAAACCAAAGCUGGCAAGAAGAACAAACCAGUGCUGAAAAGACAACAGAAGGAAGUUACUGACUCAACACUCAGACAUUCCACACCCCUGAGGAAGAAGCAGCCUGCUCAUCCCACAGUGAAAGUUCAGCCCUCCCCUGGGGCAGAACUCAGUGAUGUAGAAGAGAUGGAUGAUGUGCCCGUAAACCUGGACACUACAGUGGACCAAACCCCCAGCAUCAUCAACGAUCAAUCCAAAAACACAGAGGACACAAUGAUGGUGUUUGAGGAGUACAGCGCUAAGCCUGAGUUAAAUCCACCAAAAAGAAGUUUGACAAAUCAUCAGACGUAUCGCCUGCUGAGACGGAAGAACAUUAUUAUAGAAGCCGUACGCAACAUGAAGGUCAUCGAGGGGCUUUUCACGCUGCAGAAGAAGCUGAUGGAUGAGGAGAAGCUGGAGGGUGUGAACACUAAAGUGUGUAAGAAAAGCAUCUUGAGGCUGAUACGCACUCUCUCUAGGGAAGGCUUCCUCAGGAUGUAUAGAACUACAGUAAUACAGGACGGAGUUAGCAAGAACGUGGAGUUUGUCGUUCAUCCAUCCAUCACUCCAGACGAUCCAUUAGUGAGAAGUGCUAUAGAGCAGAUCCGGUUUAAGAUCUCCAGCUCCUACACCGUGCAUCGGCUAAGGAAUGAGGAGGACAAGGCGAAGGCUCUCUCUCAGGGAGCGAACAAAUCGAAGCCUGAUGGUGUAAAUUUCCAGGGAAAGACGGAGGAGAAAAUGGGAGUGAAGGCGAUGAAGGACUUCAAACCGAGCAUAGUGCCAGGACUCAGUCGCUCUCUAGGUUACCAGCCAAAGAUGCCACGUUGCCGUGUGAUCCACACGUUCCUGUGGUAUCUGAUCUAUGGUCACCCUCUAAAAUCAUCACUCCCAAGUGACCCGACUGUGACUACUGAGUCAGAGGUCACAUCUGAUGGGCAGGACAUCACUCAGACCCCCCACACUGAGGAGCAGGAGGCCGCUGACACACCUGAACACACACAGUUCACAGUGUACGCUAAGGAGCUGAGCUGGAAGCGCUUUGUCCCACCGUUACCAGUCCACAGAGAGUUCGGUUAUGGAUGGGCUUUAACCAGCGAUGCUCUCAUCUCGCUUCCUCUCAGUGUGUAUGUACAGAUCAUCCAGAUCAACUUCAAGGUGGAUGGUUUAGAGGAGUAUCUGAGUGACCCAGUGAAGCAGCAUUACCUCAUCAGGUUCCUCCCAUCUAGCAUCAAGACAAGGCUACUGCACCGACGGAAGUACUUCUUCAGUUUCUAUGAGAACCUUCAGAGAUUGUGUUACAUGGGUCUUCUACAGUUCGGGCCCACUGAGAAGUUCAUGGACAAGGAUCAGGGCUUUUUUUUCGUAAAGAAAAAUGCAACAAUUGUGGACACAACAGUGUGUGAGCCUCACUAUAACCGAGCUAUAGAGACACGACCGUUUGAGAGACGACGUUAUACCUUUAACACACAGCAGGAUGUGGAGAACUUUUGGGUCGACCUGCUGUGUGUGUGUCUUAACACUCCACUAGGUGUGAUUCGUCCCCGUAACCGUAACAGCGAUGGAGAUGCAGAGGGAGAAGAGGCAGAGUCUGACUCUGCUGGGGGGAGAAUAAGUUAUGAGAGACUGCAGUACACACUAAAAGGGAGUUGUGAGGUCAUCGAUGAUGGCAUAACCCCAGGCAAUGGGCAGGGGGCAGGAGGACUAGACUCGUGCUUCUACAGUCACCUGAAACGUAACUGGCUCUGGACCACUCACCUGCUCAACAAGCCCAAGAAGCUUGGAGACAGUCAGCAAGUGCGUCUGAGGAACAUGCUGUCCAAACACCUCUUCUCCAAAUCUGAGUGUGCAGUGUUUCAGGACGGACGUCCUCUAGCUCCUCCUGCUGUUCUGGAGGAGGCGGUGCAGGUCAGAGUGGAACCAAGCUCGAGGAACCAACAGGUGCGUGGAGGAAGGAAACAAAAACGCAAGAGGCAGAAGAAAGAAAUCACCAAGCCUCCUAAAAAGAGGAGGAAAUUGAGAAGCAAGAGGUUGUGUCGUGAUGAGACGGAUCGUAAAGCUCUGAUGAAGAUGACGGGACAGAGAGUGAUGUGGACUCACCUGGAGGACAGCAUCCUGAUGUUAUGUCGAGUCGCCAGUCACUUUCUAAACCGAAAGAUUAAGAAGCCAUUUGUUGGGUGGAACGUGGUGCGUGAUAUUCUGCACAGAGACCUGGAACUGUCUCAGGAUAAAACGUCUCUGGCAGUCAGCCGACGCUCACGUCACAUCAUGAAGAACCCUCAGACUCAUCUGAACUACAGGAUAUGCCUGGCUGAAGUGUAUCAGGAUAAAACUUUGGUUGAGGAGUUCAUGAACAGAACCAACAACUACAACGACCUGCUGGUGUGUGCUGAGGAGUUUAACGAGUUUGUGAGCGCUCUCAGGACAAAGUUUAGCUCCAGCUGUGCUUCUAGUGACGUCCUUCUUCCAGACACCAAAGAGGAACUUUUCAAUAAGUUUAAAGUUUACAUUAUUGGGGAUGAAGCAGUGCAGACCAAGGAUGAACUGAACAGUGUUGAGGACAUACACACUCUGGUGCUGAACAACCUGAUCCAGAGUACACUCGUCCUGUCCAACGUACAAAAGAAGACCUGCAGGGCCUUUCAGUCUUUCUCUCUCUACAGUAAAUAUAACCAGGAGGUCUUACAGCAGGUCUUCCUCAGCUGUAAGAAGCGAGGUCUGUUGAAUCGUCGCCGUACCAACACCUUCCAUGGCCCUAAAAAGAACCGUGGUGUCCCCUGCCUGCCCAUGUCCUAUCAGCUGUCUCAGCAUUACUACAGGUUUUUCUCCUGGCGUUUCCCAGGUGCGCUGUAUAAUGAUGUGUAUGAACUUCUGGAGGCUCUGGGGGAGAAAGGACGAGUGGACCGACCCAACACUUUCUGCUUUCAGAAAGAGAAAGCAAGGGAUGAGGGAGAGCAGGAGAGUGGGGGAGGAGGAGGAGCAGGAGUGGAGGAUGAUGAUAAGUAUCUGGUACCUGCUAGUGAUGUGGAGGACAUGCUGGUGUUCUCCAUGGACUCUGCAGGAGGAGCGACAGCAUGCUGUCUCACUUUAAUGACCCUGGGCCUGAUGAGCGUGGACAUCUGUAUACCACAGCAGAUUGUAGUGGUGGACAGCACACUGGUGGACAACGAGGUAGUCAAGAGCAUCACUAAAGAGCUGGAUGAUGAGGAGGAUGAUGAAGGUGGAGCUCGGUUCGAGGUGAAGGCUCACCAGGCGUCUCACACUAACUACCUGCUAAUGAAGGGAUAUUUCGUCCCCGGUAUCAUCAGCCUGAGGAACAUCACGUCUACUGAACACAUCGCAGUCAACGCCUGCAGCCUGCACAUCCGCCUGCGCAACACACACACACACUCUCUGUUCACACAGACCGAUAGCACAGUUUUCUCCACUCCCUCUCUCCCUUCCUUCAUCUCUCGUGUGAUUGACGGGCAGCGUGUACGCGGGCAGAACUUCCUAGAGGAAUGCAUGUCCAUUUUGGAUUACAACUGUGAAGAUGUUGAGGCUGUGCAGGAGGUCAUGGUCACGGUGGGAACUGGGAAGGAGUUCGGCAUCGACCUGCAGGACUUGUACAGGAAAUGCACACACCUGGAACAGGUGGAGAAGGGGCGGAGCAGGACCCUGCAGCAGUACAUCCAGGAUCUGUUGGACUAUGAGCAGGUGUUGGAGGUGGGUGCUCUUUCUCCACGAUUGGUCAGCUUGGACUUUGCUGUUCCAUGGCUGCUGCAGUGCCCCAAAGUGUCUGAAGAGCCAAGUCCCUUCACUGCAGAUGCCCCUCCCAUUACUACUGACAUCACUCCAGAAGCAGCACCCUCCUCUUCCUCACAUCUCACCUCUGAAGCACUGCCUUCUUCAUACAAGCCACCACUGAAGAGACCGUUAGAUCAGCCUGACCAGGAUGAAGCUCCUGCUGACAAGAGACCCUGCAUGGAGACGGCUGCAAUGGAGACGCAGGAAUGCGGCACAGAAGAGGGAACGGUUCAAACUUCUCUACCAGAUCCAGCCACUUCAAAUAAAGAGGAAGUGCACAGUGACCAUGUGUCGGCUUUACACACGUGUGACCAUCAGGAAGAAAAUGUGGCACAGUCCCAAGAUGGAGAGAAUCCUGUGAACCCGGAGAAGGAGGAGAAGGAGAAGGAGAAGGAGGAGGAUGUGUCGGGGUUUGUAGCUCGGCCGUGGCGUGCCGUGGAUGGCUCUCUGAACAGGCCUGUGUGUAAGGGGAUGUUAGAGGCAGUUCUGUUACACAUCAUGACACACCCUGGUGUUCCUGAACCAGCACUGCUGCAGCAUUACAGUGGAGUCCUGCAGCACAUGGUCGUCCUAGAUCUGCUAAAGGUUCUUGAGGAUUUGGGGUGUAUAAUAAAGCGUUAUACAGUUAAUCGUCCCAAAGCUUCUCUGUUUUCUCAUCCUGAGACUCCCAAGGUCAAAGGUCAUGGAGCGGUCAGUAUGGUGGGGGACAUGGUGGCGUUUUAUGAGCCCACUGUAGACUGCAUUAUAAUAAUCUCUAAGCUCUUUCCUCAUGAGUCCAGCUGGAACAGAUGGGUGCAGAUGUUUGUACACUGAACACACACUUACGUCCCACAUUGGUGUUUUUAUGUAACUUAAUUACGCUGUCAUUAAAGAUAUUUGUGAUUUUCUGUAAAAAUGAAUAAAGAUGUUUUUUGGA